CCUCCUAUCGCGAGAUCUUCCCAGUGGCGUUGGACGGCUGAAGCAACUGCAGGGCAGUCCCGGCCCGGAGUUUGGCCGGCUGUUCUUGCGUUUCGGCCCGUCCCGCAGGUGCUGGUCCAGAGCCAUGGAGUAUAUGACAGAUUCCGUUGAUCGCAGCCCGGGACACAUCUUAUGCUGUGAGUGUGGCGUCCCAAUUAGUCCAAAUCCUGCCAAUAUUUGUGUGGCCUGUUUGCGAAGUAAAGUUGACAUCAGCCAAGGUAUUCCAAAGCAGGUCUCCAUUUCUUUCUGCAAGCAAUGUCAAAGAUAUUUUCAGCCACCAGCAUCAUGGGUACAGUGUGCUUUAGAAUCCAGGGAACUUCUUGCUCUGUGUUUGAAAAAAAUUAAAGCACCUCUGAGUAAGGUUCGGCUUGUUGAUGCAGGCUUUGUUUGGACUGAGCCCCAUUCGAAGAGGCUUAAAGUUAAAUUGACAAUUCAGAAAGAGGUGAUGAAUGGUGCUAUCCUUCAGCAAGUGUUUGUGGUGGAUUAUGUCGUUCAGUCCCAGAUGUGUGGGGAUUGCCAUAGAGUAGAAGCUAAGGAUUUCUGGAAGGCUGUGAUUCAAGUCAGGCAGAAGACUCUGCACAAGAAAACAUUCUACUAUCUGGAGCAGUUGAUUCUGAAAUACGGGAUGCAUCAGAAUACUCUGCGCAUCAAGGAGAUCCAUGAUGGUCUGGAUUUCUAUUAUUCUUCAAAACAACAUGCUCAGAAGAUGGUAGAGUUUCUUCAGGGUACAGUUCCCUGUAGGUACAAAGCAUCACAGAGGUUGAUCUCCCAGGAUAUCCAUAGUAACACAUACAAUUAUAAGAGUACUUUUUCUGUGGAAAUUGUUCCAAUAUGCAAGGAUAAUGUUGUGUGUUUGUCACCAAAACUGGCACAGAGCCUGGGAAAUAUGAGCCAGAUAUGUAUUUGUAUUCGUGUAACCAGUGCCGUCCAUCUCAUAGACCCGAACACUCUACAAGUUGCGGAUAUUGAUGGAAACACUUUCUGGAGUCACCCUUUCAAUAGUUUGUGCCACCCUAAGCAGCUUGAAGAGUUUAUUGUGAUAGAAUGCAGCAUAGUUCGAGAUCUGAAACGAAGUGCAGGGGCUGGGGUGAUUUCAAAAAAGCACACCCUUGGGGAAGUCUGGAUCCAGAAGACAUCUGAAAUGAAUACAGAUAAACAGUAUUUUUGUCGGACUCACUUGGGACAUCUUUUAAAUCCUGGAGACCUGGUGUUGGGAUUUGAUUUGGCCAACUGUAAUUUAAAUGAUGAGCAUGUCAACAAAAUGAACUCAGAUAGAAUUCCAGACGUGGUGUUAAUUAAGAAGAGCUAUGACCGUACCAAACGCCAGCGCCGUAGAAACUGGAAACUGAAAGAGCUUGCAAGAGACAGAGAAGACAUGGAUACAGAUGAUGAAAGGCAAUAUCAAGAUUUCCUUGAAGAUCUUGAGGAAGAUGAGGCAAUUAGAAAGAAUGUCAACAUUUAUAGAGAUUCAACCAUUCCUGUGGAAAGUGACACAGAUGAUGAAGGAGCACCUAGAAUUAGCCUGGCUGAGAUGCUUGAAGACCUUCAUAUUUCCCAAGAUGCCACUGGUGAAGAAGGUGCAUCAAUGAUGUCAUGAUGAGUCAUGUUAUGUGCUGUUUGCAUGUCUGUCACCUCAGGAAGUCGGCAAAAUAGCCUUUAUACAUGUAUAGUACUACAUGUAUUCCCUUAUAUUUUCAGAGGAGGAAUUUGGUUUUAGACUUGAAUACAUUACUAUUUUGAUUGUUUACAUAAAGUAUUGAAAAGGUUUCAUAAUUUGAUAUAUAAUAAGAGACGAAAUGGAAUGUAAUUGUUAUUGAUAUUUAGGUCAUCUUAUGUAUGCAGUGUUACCAGUUUGAGUUUUAAUAUAGGGGCACUUUUGUAUUAUUGCUACUAUAGUGCUGGAUUCAGAUGACUAAAAGUUAGGAUUCUGUGGAUAUUAACCAAAUAUUGGAGUUUAAACCAACCUCUUACAUUUGUUUUAUAUUAAUUGUCUUUGAACAUGUAAAAAUACACAUGAAUCAUUUGAUGUAAACUCAUGUAUCUUGGUCUGCUUUAAAUCACUUUUAUAUCCGUUGGGUAGGGAAAUGAUGGUUCAGUUUGUCACCAGACAGUUGGGAAGCUAAUCUUUUUAUUUCUACAUAGAAUUGGUGUUCUUAACUCAUUUUUUUUUCCUAUCCUGAGAUUAAACCCAAGGCCUUGUGCUUCCAGAGUUGGGGUUCUAUCACUGAGCUACAAAUCAGCUCUGCAAAAAAACUUUUAAUGGGGCUUAUUUUAAUUUUAAUUUUAGUAGAAUGAAAAAUAUUUAAAAUGUGUAUAUGUGUGUGUGUAGGGAAUAUAAGUUAAUUAACAAUUUGUUUUUAUUAUGCCUUGGGCAGCAGCUUAGGUUGAUAGCUUGUUUAUGUUAUAAAAAUGUCUGCCCUUUGUAUCAAGGAUAUAGUUCAUAAAUUUUGGGUUUCAAGUGGGGAAGGAAGACUUUCUUGUGGGUUUCUGUUGUUGAGCAUAACAUAUCACUAUCAUCAAGAAUGUGAUUGUCAUGAUGGAACAGGAAAAUCUUAUAAAACCUAGAAUAAUGCAUUCCGCAUUCUGAAAGAAGAGUGUUGGGUUGAGUUUAAUCAAUUUGAAAAUGAAGCUUUAUGACCCUGUUCCUGUAUAUAACUUACCAUACUGAAUGCGUUUCAUUUAGUCUGUGUCUACCACUAAAUACAGAUGGAACCAA